GGCAUCAGAGCACCGUAAUGGAAGUUCAGAGGUGGAAGGUGGUGUGUUUUCGUUAUUUAUAAAAUUAAUUCAAUAAAAACAAGAAAACGUUAAAAAUUGUUACAGUUUACAUGAUAUACCCCGUCCAUUUAUAAGCAAGGUAGCAAACAACGCAGAACUGCAAAGGAGUACAUUACUGCAAACCUAUGAAACUGAUCAUUUCAGAAAGUGAGUUGUUUUUGAUGCUUGCCACCUAAAAUUGGCAUUAUGCCAGCUGCAACCGUAGAUCACAGUCAACGAAUCUGUGAAGUAUGGGCUUCCAACCUGGAUGAAGAGCUGAAGAGAAUUCGGCAAGUUAUACGUAAAUAUAACUACAUUGCUAUGGACACAGAGUUUCCAGGGGUAGUAGCAAGGCCAAUUGGAGAAUUCAGAAGCAAUGCUGACUACCAAUACCAAUUACUGAGAUGUAAUGUAGAUUUGUUAAAGAUAAUUCAACUGGGACUCACUUUCAUGAAUGAGCAGGGCGAGUAUCCACCUGGCACGUCAACAUGGCAAUUCAAUUUUAAAUUUAACCUCACAGAGGACAUGUAUGCGCAAGACUCUAUAGAGCUUCUAACAACAUCUGGUAUACAGUUUAAAAAACAUGAAGAAGAGGGAAUUGAAACACUUUACUUUGCAGAACUUUUAAUGACCUCAGGUGUAGUACUCUGUGAUGGUGUCAGAUGGCUGUCUUUUCAUAGUGGUUAUGACUUUGGGUACCUAGUCAAAAUCCUGUCCAAUUCCAAUUUGCCAGAGGAAGAAUUGGACUUUUUUGAGAUCCUCCGUUUAUUUUUUCCCGUCAUUUAUGAUGUGAAGUACCUCAUGAAGAGCUGUAAAAACCUCAAGGGUGGCUUGCAAGAAGUUGCAGAGCAGUUAGAAUUAGAGAGAAUAGGGCCGCAGCAUCAAGCUGGCUCAGACUCUCUACUUACAGGCAUGGCCUUCUUUAAAAUGAGAGAGAUGUUCUUUGAGGAUCACAUUGAUGAUGCUAAGUACUGUGGCCAUUUAUAUGGUCUUGGUUCAGGUUCAUCCUAUGUUCAGAAUGGCACCGGCAAUGCAUAUGAGGAAGAAGCUAACAAACAACAAUCAUGACAUGAUGGAUUUACACUUAAAAGGCUGCAUUUCGCUCAUUUCAUUUUAACUUUAUUUCUGGAGGAUGCGACAAUAAGGCCUUUUGUUUAUAACAUUGCAUAUUCUCUUUCCUUUCUUUCUUUUUAGAAUGUUAAACAGCAAGACGAAUUACAAUUAUUUUAUUGCUGCAGACUUUAUUGCAAAGAAAGACGGAAAGUAAACUUUGUUAUUUGUUCAUAGGUCUUCAAAUGUGUUUUGAAAGGAAGAUAGCAAUUGCUAAUACCUUGAUUUCCAUCUGGUUCAGAUUUCUCUAGUUUGGCAAUCAUUAUAAAUUGGCUGUUCACUCAUUUCAUUUCAUGUGUAGCACUUAAAAAAAAAAAAGUGUUAUCUUUUAGUUUUUCAGAAAGGAGGACCAUGCAAAUAUGCACUUUAUACAUCAAGCCUACAUUCUGUAUUUUAUCUACUUUUGUGGCCAUUUUCUUCAUUCUGCUUAACUAUUCUCUGCCCCUCAAUUUUUUUAGGGAGAACUCAAAUAUUUUUUAGUUAAAUUCAUCUUCCAAAGUUUUGCCUUAAAAAAAAGCAAAUCACAUUUUGUGUUGUCUCUGCUGCUUUUUCACCUACAUGUGUACUCAUUCCUAGUAAACUAGUACCCUUUUUUGUUUUUUUUUUUGCUGACAUUUCAUCCCCACAUUUAGACCUCAGUGUCAGCAUCUCUAUUAGUUUGGUUCAUAAUAACUAAAAAAAA